AUGACUAUAUAUUUUAUGGGACCAGUGGCAAUGAUACAAACAAUUAUUGUCUGUAUCUCUUCAUUCCAACACAUAGUGAAGCUAUUGAUCAAUAAAGAUGGAAAAGGAGAGAAAGAGAAUCAACCUCCCAAAUUACACGAGUCUAGAAAAGGUUGUGGAUGUUGCAAUAAGUGCUCUGUGUCAGUGAAACAAACAACAAUUACUCAUGGUGGGAUAGAUAAAGCUUUCAUGACGUGUUUUCAACAUAGGCCAUAUUUGUGUGCAUACGGUUGUUUUGAUUGCAAAGUCCCCGUCUGUUUGAAAUGUACAAAGCAAGAACAUAACAAACACACGAUAUGUGAACUUUUCGAACUGACAGAGGAAUCAACUGUUGCCAAAAGUGAUCCAGAAAGAUUGUAUCAUUUGAGAGAUUUGCCUUCUAAAGACUCAGUGACUGGGUCUGAAAUACAGAAGGGUUAUAAAGUCGUAAGAACUCAAGCUAAAGAACAGGCAAAGGUUCUUCAUUCCAUUAUAGAUGAAAUUCUGCAAGAAACUCUUAAUUCUGCAAAUGAAAUGGAAUUCAGGGAUUUGGAAUACGUGGAAAGAAUAGAAAAAGAAUUGAAUAUUUCAAAACUAAAUGCUGAACAUAAUAAUUUCUCAAACCAUGCUAAUCUCAAUGCCGAAGAAAUAAUUUAUCAGAGAGACGAGGAAGGCUUUGGGAUGACGUCAGCUGUAUCGGAGCCUAAAUUUAGAGCACCAAGAUUUCUUGAAGGUAAACCAAAUAACAGAGAAAUAAAAGCCCAGUUUGGCAUUCUUAAACCAUCAAUAAUCGAUAGAAGAAAACAAAAGGAGAGAAAAUUAAUGUCCAAAGCAAACCUUUUAUUCGAUAUCGAUUCACGAUCAAAGUACACACUUUAUGUAAGAUUUUAUCAUUCAAACAGGAUUCUUCAAAGCGGAACAGGUCCAGAAUUGUAUAUUUUCAACGAGGAAGGAGAAUGUGUAGAUACCGUUCAAACAAAAUCUGGACACGGUAUGCCAACGGGACUAGCAGUGAUGAAUGAUGGUACCAUAUUGUACACUGAAUACAGUUACAAACUCAUUAGAAAGAUAAAGUCGGAUAAAUCUGUUGAAAAUCUUCGUCAGACAGAGGGCAAACCGAAUGGCAUUUGCUGCACACGCUCUGAUGACAUCAUCGUUUGUCUUCAAGAUUGUCCUCAAGGUAAGGUCGUCAGACUCGACCGAACAGGAAACAUGAAAAGAGAAUUUGAACAUGAGUUUCUGAAGGAUCCAACAGCAGUGUGUGAAAACAUUAACAACGACAUCUGUAUUACAGAGGAAAGUAUGAGGAACGUUAUUGUAACCGAUGUCGAUUUUGACACAAGAUUCAUGUAUGACGGAAACUUGAAACUCGGCGAAUUCAAGAAAUUUACACCUCGCGACAUAUGCUGCGAUAGUUUUGGACAUAUCCUUAUUGCUGAUUUUAGUAAUCGCGUAAUCCACAUGAUUGACGAGAAUGGUCAUUUUAUACGGUACCUUCUAACAAAAGAAGAUGGUCUUUCUUACCCCCAUGGACUUUGUGUUGAUGGUGAAGACAGACUGUGGGUGGCUGAAAGAUUUUCCAAAAAGAUUAAAGUUUUCCAGUAUCUAUCAUCUUAAAAAUUACUGUAUUUUUUCAUCUGUGGACAAAGAGCCAGAUAGAAAACAGUUGACUUGUAUCAAGUGUUCCAAAAACACAAAAGGGUAUUUAAUUACUUGUAAAAUAACUAAUAGUAUAACGAUUUAAGGUAUCACUGUCUGGUUUGUUGGGUAUGCCAGGGCAAACGUGGAAACAUGGAAUAAUCUGCAGACUGUGCAAACCCGUCAUUCAUAA